GCGAAACUGACAGUAAUAUGUCAGGGUAAGAUUAUCACUCUUAUAAAAGUAAACAAGAUUGCAAGCUCACACUUAUCUACCCAGUUAUAGAACAAAAUAUGGAUACGAAAACAUUUGAGCACGAUUUUGAAUGGGAGGGAAGACUUACAGAUCAGAUGAAGGAAAGUUUUACUGAAAAUGGAUUUUUCAUCGUAAGAAAUUUUCUUGACGCUGAAGAAAUAGAAAAUGUAUGGAAGGUUGUAAAUGGACCAAAUGGUAUUCUAAAACAUGGAUAUAUGACGUAUGAAGAAAAUGGCAGGAGAAUACAAAGGACAUUGUGUAAUUACCCUGGCAAUGACGUCACCGGAAUACUUGCAAGAUCUGAUAAGGUGGCAGGCUCAUGCGAAAAGUUACUAGGGAGCGAAGUUUAUCACUGGUGUUCCAUGUUUGUGAACAAAGAAGCUAAUCUUGGUGGGGAACAUGUAUGGCACCAAGACUAUGGAUACUGGUACAACGACGGCGUACUGUAUCCGGAAAUGGUUACUGUAUGGAUGCCCCUCGAUAAAUGUAGACGAGAAAACAGUUGUAAACAGGUAGUUUUUGUAUUAUUUUACAUCGCUAGAGGUUCUUUUAUGUACUAA